AUGGGUCAAGGAGUUUCACAAGAUAAGAAGAAGAAGAAAGGUGGCAAGCCAAAGUAUGAACCACCGGUACAAAGCAAGUUUGGCAGAAAGAAAAGGAAAGGUGGGCCAGCUACCGCUGAGAAAUUGCCUAAUGUAGUUCCUUCAACGCGAUGCAAGUUGAAGCUAUUGCGUAUGGAACGUAUCAAGGACCACCUUUUGCUAGAGGAAGAGUUUGUAACUAAUUCAGAGAUAUUGAAACCAUUCGAAAAGAAGCAAGAAGAGGAGAAGAAGCAAUUGGAGGAGAUUAGAGGUAAUCCAUUGAGUAUAGGUACUUUGGAAGAAAUCAUUGACGAUGAUCAUGCAAUUGUGACGUCUCCAACAAUGCCAGACUACUAUGUGUCAAUCUUAUCGUUUGUGGAUAAGGAGUUACUAGAGCCAGGCUGUUCUGUCUUAUUGCAUCACAAGACCAUGUCCAUCGUGGGUGUUCUACAAGAUGACGCCGAUCCAAUGGUGUCAGUGAUGAAAAUCGAUAAAUCACCAACAGAAUCAUACAGCGACAUUGGUGGUUUAGAAUCGCAAAUCCAGGAGAUUAAAGAAUCUGUGGAACUACCUCUAACACACCCGGAGUUAUACGAAGAGAUGGGUAUCAAGCCUCCAAAGGGUGUAAUUCUUUAUGGUGCUCCAGGUACCGGUAAAACAUUACUGGCGAAAGCGGUUGCAAAUCAAACGUCAGCCACAUUUUUAAGGAUAGUUGGUUCCGAACUGAUUCAGAAAUAUUUGGGUGAUGGUCCAAGGUUGUGUAGACAAAUUUUCAAAGUAGCUGCUGAGAAUGCUCCAAGUAUUGUUUUCAUCGAUGAAAUCGAUGCUAUUGGUACAAAGAGAUACGACUCGAAUAGUGGUGGUGAAAGAGAAAUUCAGAGAACAAUGUUGGAACUACUAAAUCAACUUGACGGUUUCGACGAUAGAGGUGACGUUAAAGUUAUUAUGGCAACAAAUAAGAUUGAAUCCUUAGACCCUGCAUUGAUUAGACCUGGUAGAAUCGACCGUAAAAUUCUUUUCGAAAAUCCGGAUUUAUCUACUAAGAGAAAGAUUUUGGGUAUUCACACAUCGAAAAUGAACUUGAGCUCAGAUGUCGAUCUUGAGAACCUAGUGACGAGUAAAGAUGACUUAUCUGGUGCAGAUAUACAAGCAAUGUGUACAGAGGCCGGUCUAUUGGCCUUGAGAGAAAGAAGAAUGCAAGUCACUGCUGAAGAUUUCAAACAAGCGAAGGAACGUGUUAUGAAGAAUAAGAUAGAAGAAAACCUAGAAGGUUUGUAUCUAUAA